AUGGCCAGUGGAGAUGAUACAAUCGCUCGGGUACGACACAAGAACUCAGUGCUCCGAGAGAGGCUAAGUCGGUUGAUCAACGAGGACGAAGACCUCAAGGAACGGAAGAGCCCAGCACAGAGCCAGGAUCACCACAGAAGCGACGACAAGGAGAACCGCCAGCGGUACUUCCAGAGCCUCAAGGAGAACGUGGAGCACCUUAAGAAGAAGCAGUACGAAUUGCCAGGCACCAAGCAGGAGAGCCACGUACGAGCGUACGUGGCCAGCGAUCGCUCUCUAGACGAGUCAUUCGACACCGAUCCGCUCGAGUCAGAACUGUCGCCUGAGCAGGAGGUGAUUGCUCGAUUGAGGGACCAGUUGCGUCUACAGGCGGCCGAGCGCAAGGAGUUGAUCGAGGAGUUUCAGCGGAAGGAGGCGACCAUGUUCAAGGAGUACCGGCACAAGGAGAGCCAGCUCAGGAAGGAGCUCGAGCAGGUGAAAUUGGACCAGGGUCGAGACCACCACCAGCUCGAGGACAAGUACACGUCGCUAGUUGCCCGGCUCCAGCGCGAGAACAGCGACCACCGCGCCAACGAGGCCAGCUUGAACCACACCCUCAAAAAAAUAUCUGUCAAGGUGGUGAUGUACAAACGCCAGCUCCAGGAAAUGACCACAAAAAACGAGGCCUUGCAGUCUGUCAAUAAGAUCCUAACGAGGUCGCUGCAGGUUGUGCAUGUGGACUGCACUGAUGACGAUACCGCCAAAUUGAUGACAGCUUCCGACACCACCACCGAGGUGCUCAUCCGGGGAUACAACGGGCCCCCAGCUAGGGAAGGCCGCCCCAGGCUCGCCAGGUACGCAGCCAUGGUGCUCUUCGUGGUGCGGGUGCGGAGGAUGGCUGAGGCCCGCAAAACCGUGGAAAGACGGCUCCAACUGCUCGUGGCAGACCUCCAUGGGGCGGUCUAG